UGCGCCGGCGCAGUGCGGCGGCGACUCGGCGAGGGGAAGGGCGAGUCGCCGCUGCCGGAGCAGGGGGGCGAUCGGCGGGGCUCCGCGCGGCUCAGCCGCGGCCGCCAUGGCGGCUCGAGCCCCAGCGGAGGAGGCAGAUGAAGCAGCUCCGAUCGAAGCAGGCGAUCGUCAGCCCCUCUCGGCGGCGGCGCUAGCGAAGAUCGAGCGGAACCGGCAGCGGGCGCUGGCACUGCGGCAGGCGCGGCUGGCGGCUCGGCCCUACCCUGCCGCAGGCGGCGUGCGGGUGAGGGCUCCCCCCAAGGUCGUGGAUACGGGAGGGGGUUUCUUCCUGGAGGAGGAAGAAGAGGAGAAGGAGGAAGAACUGGGUGCUGAGAAAACUGUUCAUCCACCCGCACCUGUACUAGAAUUUGACUAUCUCAUCUGUGGAGACUGUGGCAAAGAAUUCAUGGACUCCUACUUAAUGCAGCACUUUGAUUGGGCAACAUGUGAUAAUUGCAGAGAUCCCGAAGAUAAACAUAAGCUUAUAACAAGGACAGAAGCAAAGGAAGAGUAUCUCCUUAAAGAUUGUGACUUAGACAAGAGGGAGCCAGUUCUCAAAUUCAUUGUCAAGAAAAACCCUCACAAUUCACGAUGGGGUGACAUGAAGCUUUAUUUAAAACUGCAGGUAAUCAAGCGUUCUCUUGAAGUCUGGGGUAGCGAGGAAUCCUUGCAAGAAGCAAAGCAACUGCGCCGUGACAGCAGAGAGAAGAUGAAACAGAAGAAGUUUGACAAGAAAGUCAAAGAACUCCGCCGUGCUGUGAGAAGUAGCUUGUGGAAGAAACGAACUAGUAUCCAUGAACAUGAGUAUGGACCAGAAGAAAACAUUGAUGAAGAUACAUAUAAAAAGACAUGUACUGUAUGUGGUCAUGAAUUAACUUAUGAGAAGAUGUAAUCUUUCUUCAUUCCCUCCCCUCUUUUUCUUUUUUUCUUAACUUUAAUUAUCUUAAUGGUAUUUUGUAUUAAAGCCAAAUAAAUGCUAAUUAUAAAGAAGCUGGUGCCAGAUUCUAAGAGUGAUGUUCCUCGGAUGUAAGAAGCACUGCACAGGAGAGGAAGCCUUUGCUUUUAAGCUAGAUCUCAGGGUAGAAGAUGUCACACAGCAGUUCAAUGAAAUGAUAACUUGUAGGGCAAAAGAUAAAUUGGUAUCACUGUGCUCAAUCUGCUGAUGAAAUUAAAGUUACAUUCACACCA